UUGAUGCGUACUUCGAAUUGGAACAGUACUUGGUCUCCGACUGAUGACGUAUCACGAGUACACUAGAACGCAAGUACGCACAAGUACGCAUAUUGAUAAACGCCCUGUGUCUGGGAGCGGUCGAUGAGGAUCAGCUGUAACGGGACUGUUACCGAGGAUGAAGAUGAUGAUGAUCGUGCUCCUCUUACUCAUUUCCCAGCAUGCCUCAGGGGUGGAGGUGUAUGAGGGGGCAGAGUCUGUCCUGCUACCCUGUCGGGUACAAACUGAUUUUUCCAGGAACUCCACAGCAGCAGUGUGGGACCGUGAUGGGCUCAGUAACCCAACAGUUCACCUGCGUAGGCAGAAAAGUGGCAGUCUUGAUGAGUAUGACGAUCUUAGUGGUCAGAGUGAUCGUUACCAAAAUCGAACAUCAAUGAGAGUCGACGCUCUGCAGACUGGAGACCUCAGCCUCACUCUGAAGAACCCCACAGUCUCUGACAGUGGAACCUACACCUGCAUCUACCGUAAAGAAGGACAAGAGCUGAACCGGACUGAAGUACAGCUGAAAGUCACAGUACCUCCUCCAGUCUGGCCCAAAGUCCCCGCAGCUAUGCUGGUUAUUCUGAUCAUCCUGCCUGCUGCCUUUGGUCUGUUUAUGUACUGUGCAUAUAAAAGGAUGAAGGACAGAGAAGCUCUGCAGCCAGAGGUGGUGAAGGUGACACAGGGGAAGGAGUCUGUCGUGCUGCCCUUUAAGACCACAGCUGACCUUCCUCAGAACGUCACAGUGGAGUGGAGACUCACUGAACCCAAACACAUGAAGGUCCACGUGUAUGAGAGUGGAAACAAUCAGCCUGUCAAACAGGACCAGGGUUACAGAGGUCGCACAGAGAUGAACAAAAAUCCACUGAGAACUAAAGACCUCAGUCUGACCCUGAAAGACCUCCACCUCACUGACAGUGGAGUCUACACCUGCACCGUCUACAACAAGGAUGGAAACAAGCUGCAGAAAUCAGUGACUCUCAUUGUCAGAGUUCCUCAGCCAGAGGUGGUAAAUGUGACAGAUGCAGACGAGUCUGUCCUGCUGCCCUUUAAGACCACAGCUGACCUUCGUCAGGACAUCACAGUGGAGUGGAGACUCACUGAACCCAAAGAGAGGAAGGUCCACGUGUAUAAGAGUGGAAACAAUCAGUCACACAACCAAGACCAGUGUUACAGAGGUCGCACAGAGAUGGAUGAAGAUCCACUGAGAACUAAAGACUUCAGUCUGACCCUGAAAGACCUCCACCUCACUGACAGUGGAGUCUACACCUGCACCGUCUACAACAAGGAUGGACACAUGCUGCUACAGAAAUCAGUGACUCUCAGUGUCAGAGAGGGUUUGCCAGACAUUGUGCAGGUGGGACAAGCACUGGAUUCUGUCCGGCUGCCCUCAAAAACCACAGCUGUCCUUCCUCAGGACGUCACAGUGGAGUGGACAUACAACAACGUAAAGCUCCACGUGUAUGAGAGUGGAAACAAUCAGCCUGUCAAACAGGACGAGGGUGACAGAGGUCGCACAGAGAUGAAUGAAGAUCCACUGAGAAAAAAAGACCUCAGUCUGACUCUGAAAAAGCCCCUAUUAAGUGACACUGGAGUCUACACCUGCACCGUCUACAACAAGGAUGGACACAUGCUGCUACAGAAAUCAGUGACUCUCCAUGUCAUGCAAAAUCUGUACAGGUUGGGGACAGUGUAUGGAAACAAGUCUUAUUUGCUAGAAUUUCAAAAAUCAAACAAUCUCCGUGACAUUUCCACAGUGGAGUGGAAACUCAUAUACCCCAAAUACAAGUUGAUAAAGAAAAUAAAUAUCUGUCAGGGAAAUGAGGAAGACCUCAGUCUGAACCUGGAAGACCUGCACCUCACUGACAGUGGAAUCUACACCUGCACCGCCUACAGAGGAAAUGGAGACAUCCUGCUACAGAGAUCAGUGAUAUUCAGUGUCAGAGACUUCCAACUGGAGAUGGUGGAGGUGACAGAGGGGGAGGAGUCUGUCCUGCUGCCCUUUAAAACCACAGCUGACCUUCAUUAUGUUGUCAGAGUGUACUGGACUCUCACUGAAGACCCACUCAAGAUAGUCCACGUGUAUGAGGUGCCUGAUGGUAAAAAACGGGCACCUUCACUGGACCCGCCUUACAGAGGUCGCACAGAGAUGAAUAAAGAUCCACUGAGAACUGGAGACCUCAGUCUGACCCUGAAAAAGCCCCUCCCCACUGACAGUCGUAGCUACACCUGCACGGUCUACAACAAGGAUGGACGGACCUUGGUACAGAAAGUAGUGACUCUCUGUGUCAGAGCAACAUUAAAGGGAACCAUGGCAGACAUGCUUCCAUGUCUCAGGAGGAGGAGGGCACCAAAUGCAGAGGUCAAAGAGGACGUGAGGAACACGAACCAUGAAGACCUUCCUCUGAUGGAGGUUCAUUCAGCUUGAUGGGUCACAGAGGAGGAGGAGGAGGAGCUGGUGAUGAAGAGCAGCCUUUGUGCAUGAACAACAUGGUGCUGACUACCCAGAAUGCAUUGCUGAGGUCUUUACACCUUCGCAAACUCAGGAGCUGAUGCAGCAAUUCACGGUACUGGAGUCCAAACCAAAUACCAAGAACCAGUAUAACUGAACAGAGUUUCAGAAGGUGGACGUUUCUGAAUGUAAACACUCCUUUGAUUUAUCCGACGAUGUAGAGUUCAUUAUUCACACUUCCUGGCUGCCUCAACAUCAGGCGCGGAGCUAGAAGGGUGGCAUGGGGUGGCCAUCUCUUGCUACCCCAAGUGCCACCCUAGUUUUGCAUAUGACAGUGUUGUUUAUUAAAGUAGGAUAGCAUUAACACUUUAAACCUAGCUACAGUUAACACUGAAUAUAAAUUCUAAAACUGAAUAUAUCACAGCGGAUAUUGUGAUAUUUUGAUUUUGUGAUAUUAUAUUGUGAUAUUGUUUGGCGGACAAAAAAUUCUUUUAUUGACACAAAUAAUUUGUGGGGCAUCUUUUUGUGACACCUCAUUGUUUUUCUCAUUUUAGUUCAAGUGGUGUUUUGAAAUGGUUGUACAAAACAAAGCAUUGGCUGCAUUUUUAGACAGAUAGUUGUAUAUAACUUUAUUCUUUACAAAAUGUCUGCAUACGUUUUAGAAAUAAUAAUUUAUAUUUGAAUUUCAAGUUAUGAAAAAAAUUUACUAAACAUGUUUGGGGUUUUUAUAGUAAAAUGAAAAUAUAACUACUACUAGGAUUUUAUGUUUUUGUGUGAUUUCAGAACAGUUGUGUUAACACAUUAUGUCCAUGUAAAAAUAACUGUUGUGUUAAUAUGGGAUCAGAACAAUGCCACCUUGAAAUGAAACCGAAAAAAAUAUUGUAACUGAAAU